CAGCAACCCAUAAGAACCUACGGUGACGCGCAUGUCACACACAAUUUUAGGGUGUAGCAGGGGUGUCACUUCAAGUAUACCCUUAAUUUCAACUCAUAUAGUCCUGAAGCGACACCCAAAUCACAUUUCUGAAAGGUCAUGUGACCAUUGGGAUGACCUCAUGUUCAAUUUGCAGCCACCUUUCCUGACUGUUUUCUCCACAAGCUAACUUCAGUCUGCCAGCUAAUUUGCCCCUCUGCCCAUCCUGAGGAUAAAAGGUAAGAUCCAUCAAAUCCUAUGGUUGAAAUAUUGGAUAACAUGUUGUUUGUCGAAUAUAAAUCAUUGUUUAGACUUUUUAUUUUUUAUUCUGUGGUAAAAGAGCAAGUAAAUAUGUGUGUGACAUAGACGUCACUGCAGGCAUUUAGACUAAACUGGUAAAAAAAAUAAGUGUUGUGACCUAUAUGUCACAAUUAGAAAACUUGUCAUUAUCUGAUCAGUUUACUUAAUUCAAUUAUACUCAGUAAUAUAUUGUUAUUAUAUUAUAUAUAUAUAGCUAGCUAUAACUAGUAAUAACUAGUUACUUAUACUACUAUCUAGCUAGCUACCUACAGCAUGGCAGGUUUAGGACUAACGUCAUGUGGCACUUUACCUCACAGCUGGAAAUGAUAAUUACCGUGCUGUAGGGUAAAGUGCUACCAACGUUACAUGAUGACAUCAGCUGAAAGUCAUGAUUAUUUUCCAUAUUUUCUUCUCUAGAUGAACAGGAAAAAUAGGUGGGAUGGAGACAAGGACAUCCAGAAGAUCUUGGAAAUAAUCCUGGAUGGAAACGAAAGUGAGGUGGAGGGAUUAGGUGGUGAGGAUGAAGAUGAGGAUGAAUUUGAUGAUCCUGUCUUAGAUCCUGAUUAUCAGGAGGAGCCAUAUGAGUCGGAAAAGCGACAUAGGGGAAGAGGAACCACCUCAACCAGAGGGAGAAGAACCUCCUAAUGAAGAACCUCCGACUGCAGCAUCCCACCGUUCUACUGGCCAAGAAAGAUUCUUAUGGCGAAAAAAAGCUUUUGAAACACCAGACCACACCUUCAAAGGAGAGAGGGUCCAACCUCCAGAUGAGCUCCCCACUCCCUUGCAGUACUUCAGGAGGUUCAUUACAGAUGAGAUGCUUGUGGCAAUGAUGGAGCAAACCAACCUCUACAGCGUUCAAACCUCUGCCACCCACAAGAACGUGCAGACCUCAGUAAAGGAGCUGGAAAUCCUAAUCGGCAUGUACCUGCGCAUGGGACUUUGCCAGCUUCCAGGAAACCGUGUCUACUGGGAAAACGACACAAGGAUUGGCAUGGUCGCUGACAACAUGUCACGCGACCGUUUCCAGACCCUCCUCACAUCUCUCCACUUCACCGACAACGAGGCUCCAUCCAACAGACAAAAAGGGGAUAAGUGCUGGAAGAUCCGUCCAUGGCUUGACAUGUAGCCAGCAGUAGGCCUGGAGAAGGAUUAGUGUAGGAUG